GUGUGCAUAAAGGUGUGCCAUGCCGCCCCCCACCCCACUCCCAUAAUCCUCAGCAGCGGUCAGGAGGCAUGCGAUCCCACAGCCUGAGUAAAGAAGCUCCUUCCAAAGAUGUCAAUCCGGUCACCAAGCGCAUGAUGUCUGCACGUCUGCUUAAGAUCAAUGAGCUAAAGAAUGCACUGUCUGAGCUGCGGCUGCAUGCGGAUGAGCUGCAGCGUGAGAACCGUUUGCUGCGGCAGCUGCAGCUCCGACAAGAGAAAGCACUUCAUCGCUACAACGACACAGAGAGCGAGAUCUCGCAGCUGCUCUCUCGUCACAACAACGAGACUCACGUGCUGCGUGAGAGGCUGCGACGAAGUCAGGAGAACCAGCGCGCAGCCGAGCACAGCCUCAGAGAGAGGGAUGCCCAGCUCCAGCGCUGUCGCAGUCAGCUGCUGAAACUGCAACGACUUGCAGAUGACCAAAAUCUCGGGGAAAGGGAAGAGCUCUCACGGAAAAUGAUGCAUGCGCAAGUCAAACUGCAAGAGAGCGAACGCAGAGUGAAGGAAUUGGAAAAGAACAUGGAGUUGAGUGGCGGAAGCUUUCAAAGGCAGCUCGCCAGUGAAAGAAGAAAAACUCAUGAUGCUCAACAGGAAGCCAAAGCACUACAGGAGGAAGUGGAGAGACUUUGCACUAAACUAAAGGGGAAAGAAAAGGAGCUGGAUGCAAGGAACAUCUACUCGAACAGGAUGCUACAAGCUUCUUCCAAGAAAGAAAUAGAUAAUGCCGGUAGUCGCAAAGGGAACAAUACAACCAGCACUAAAGCUGUGCAGACUGAAGAAAGACUCUCCUCAUUGGAUUUCCCAUCGCCUCCUCCAGCUCUUACCAGUGAUCUCCCACCUAAUGAACAAACUGAUGAUUACCUCUCUCUGAAGGUUCAAAAGCCUACUGAGAAUCACAGGAUAAAAAAGGAUCAGCAAGGCAGAGAUCAGGGGCAAAGAGACACGAAGGACUGGAAGAUCCAAGAAUUAUGGAGAGAAAGGGAGAAGGAAAGAGAGAUGGAAAUUGCGAUGGAACAGGCGAGAGAAAAGGAGAAAGAAAAAGACAUACUGCACGAUAGAGAAAGCGAAACAGGACAAAGACUUGAUCAGCAGCCCAGCUCACUCGAGAAGAACUCAAAAGCCUUCAGAGAUGCCCUUCACAAAGGAGACGAGGAUUGGAGGACUGGCUUGUCUUUAUCUAGAAAAGAAGAAGAAAGCAGGAAGCAGCGUGAACUAGAAGAGAAAGAACAUAAAGCAAGAAAUCAGGAGAUCCAGGCUGCUGAUCAAGAAGGAGCUGAGGAGGAACGUCAACGCAAAGAGCAGCUGUUAGCUAAAAUGCACGAGAUUGACAUGCAGACACAAGGCCAAGAUUCAGACUUCUUCUCAGACGACACGGGUAGUGUCCGCUCUCCACCACGGUCGUCUGAGCAGCAGAACCAGGGCGGUAUUUUCAAACUUACAGACCAAGAAGAACCCAGCACAUUUGGUAGCGGGAGAAGGGGGGCUGGUAUCCGAGCACAGCGUCCUAGCGAGGAUCUUGACCUAGCUUUUGGCAGCUAUGCCCCUUCUUUUGGUAAAUCCGCUCCACGUGCAGGCAUUGGCCCACGCAACACAAAUCAAAACUCAAAUACACUGUCACCACGAAAUGAAGAGCUUGAUCUGGGCGGUGUAGUCAAAGAGAGAAAAUCCAAUCUCAUGCAACAGCUUUUCGGGUCCUCCACAACGCCACCUUCUUCAGAAGCAUCCAGAAAGAUGGAGGUUCUGAGCCCUCCUGUAACAUCCCAGCUCGCUUCAGGAGCAGCGAGUGGACGCAGGAGGGACACCGACACACCAACUGUUUUAAACAUCAAGUCUCUGACCAACAAUAGAAGCGCUCUCCAAGUCUCAGAGAGCCGGCCGGCAGUCAGGGCCAUUACAUCAUUUGAUGAUGACAUAGAAGAAGUGACACUCUAAAUAGGCCGCCUUUAUAUAACACGGAGGAAUCCGUUUUUGCAGGGGAGAGAACUCAAAUACCUCAGAUACUUGGUUGUGUGCUCCUCGCCUACGAAGUAAUCUCGGAUUAAAUGAUGUGUCGUUCGCAAAUAUGUAUAUUCUCUUGCUUUUAAUACUCUGGGUGAAGAUAGGGAGGAAGAUUUUUUACUUUAUUGUGGUAAGGUAUGCACAGGGGCCAGUUAAAAUACAUAAUUUAAGUCAAGUUGUGAAUAGGAUCUGACCCCCUCUGAUUUACAAAAUUCAGAUCAUAGAUUGAAUUAUCUGAACGCUGAUCAUAUCAUGUUCAGUUGACUUACACUGGCAUAUGUUUCGUAUAAUGCCGCAAGCUGUUUAGCAGAAAUAUGCAACGGGGAAAUUGAUAAAUAAUUCUGUUUUCAUAGUCACAAUAUAUACAUACAUACAUACAUACAUACAUGCAUGCAUUAGGCCACCACCAGACUUGUUGUUUUAGAAGUUUUAAUGUCCAUCCAUAUUUAUUUUUCAAUCUAUUUUAUUAAGAUACAAACAGAAAAUAUGUACAAAAAAAACUAAAUGUCUCCUUUAGGCAUUGUCAGUUUUUAGUGUGACCUCUCUUGGCACUAAACACAUCUUGAGCGUUUUUGAGCAGAAUGAAGUAAAAAGACUAAUUUCUUUAAAAUGAGAAAUUAGGAUUUCAUUUUAUUUAAGAGAUCCUGCAGUUUCCUGCUAUUGCUCAAGUGGAAGGGGAGUUUACCCUAAAAACUUGACACAUCCGUUUACAUUUUUAUACAGUUUUUAAUACUAUAUACACAUUUCCUGUAUUUUCUGGAUGUAUUCUAUUAAAGAGACUGAGAAACAAUUAUAUAUUAUCACUAUAACAUUGCAAAACAACAAAUCUAAUUCUGGCAUGGUGGCCUAAGACUUUUGCAUAGUACUGUAUAUAUAUAUUUUUUUUUUAUAAAAUUAAAGGUAGGGUAACACAUUUUGAAAAAUGCUAACGGUAGCCGCCUAGCAAUGAAAUCCCGAUCCCACCCUCAAGUCAAACCGCCAUCCAAAGUCACGCCUCUUUCAAAACACAUGAACACGCACAGAUCAGACGGUCACAUCUCAUGUCUCAUUCAGCAGUGAGACAACUUUGCAGUACAAAGUCGAAUAACACUGCCAAAAUAACCAAACAACUGGUUUACAUCAGAAUUAGUUUAAGCACACGUUCGGUUGUGUAGACGUAGUAACUAUAUCGUUACGCUAAUCCGUAAACGAACACAAAUUUCAUAAGCAACACAAUGUUUCAUCAAAGUAGAAUAUCUGAAUCCAUCUCAAUACAAACAUAUCGCGUACCUACCUUACCAAAAUAAACAGUGCAACGACCCUUUCAGACCCUUUGCGUCCUGCAGCUGUUUGCAUCUCGUGGUAAAGCAGUAAAGUUACCGAUGUUCAUUUGGGUUUUUGCUCUUGCUGAUCCAGGCAGUUUUUGCUGUUGUUGUUAUAAAAGAUGCCUUUAGUUUUGUGCCUCCUGUGUAGGUUGUCAAUUUAGCAAAAAAGUUUGCUGUUCUCACUGUUUACAGGCAGUAGGUGAGCGCACGUGAACGCGCCGAUGACGUAUGGUGUCUGCGUGGACUCGCUGCGCGGUGGGCAUUCAAAUUAUGCUUACGUAUGAGGGACAAAAAUGGAAACGUCCGUUCGGACCGAAAUCUAUGAUUUGUUGAACAUUUUUUGGUCCUACGCCUUUCACAGAUGACAUACAUUUCUACAAAUACAUUUAAACAACUUAACACAGUGAUUGCUAUCAGGAUGUAAGGAGACUUUUAACCAGCAUAACAAAAAAUGUUUCAGGAUCAAAUCUGUUACCCUACCUUUAAUGAGAAAUACUAUUUUAUGUCCAGUAAAAAAUAUAUUAUGUCUAAGUCUUCUCAAUUUACCAACUGGUAAUACUGUGUGGUUCUUGGUCCUGAGAAAGUCCAUAGAAAAGUACUCAAUGGGAUAGUUAACCCAAAAAUGAAAAUUCUGUCCCUCAAGUUAUUCCGAACCUGUAUACAUUUAUAAACAGGGUUCCCAUGGGUCCUUGAAAUCCUUGAAAGUUUGUGAAUCUGGGAAAAAAAAUUAAGGCCCUGGGAAGUUUUUAAAAAUGUACAUACAUAGAUACAGGUCAUUGAAAGUGCUUGAAUCUAUUUUAUGCAAGAAGUUUUCUGAAAAACAAAAUUAUUCCCUGUGUAGUGUAUGAUAAUAUCAUAAAAAUUCUAGACUUUUUAAGUCACUUUUUUCCACGUGCUAAACUGUUCGCUUUAAAGCAACACUAAAGAGUUUUUGCUCUUUGCUCCCCCUAUAGGUUGGAAGCGGAAUUGUCCAUUAGCACUGUUGUAAAUAAUUUAGUCUACUGCAGCAAAGCUGGCUCUGAUUGGAUUGUAGGUCUGCCGUAAAGCAAGUUUUUGCAGUUUUCACUCAAACUACAGGACUUCUUUAGUGCGGUUUUGGCCGUUAGAGGGCUGCAAAGCGAAUGUGAAAGUGCCGUUCACCCUGUUUCGAGUGGAUGAACGACUGGAACUUUUUUGGAAAACGUUAUUUUAAGGUAAAAAAAACUCUUUAGUGUUGCUUUAAAUCUUCUGUAUGCAAAUGUUGAUUCAUACCAAAAUGCUUUUUUGCAUAGUUGUGUUUACACAUGAAAAUGUCUCAGGUUACGUAUGUAACAGUUGUUCUCUGAGAAGGGAACGAGACGCUGCGUCUCCCUUGCCAUACUUCCUGCAUCCCUGUAACGCCGUCUUUGGCAAUAUUUCAGAUAGCGAUAUACUUCCUGGCUCCCGCGUCACCCUAGCCGUUUCUCAAUACCAAGUACGCCAAGUUCGGACUUGUGUCCUUCCUAGUUCGGACUUGCAAGUUCAGACUCGGAAGAACGAACUUCUGACGCGAAAUGCAUUCUGGGAAACUUCGCUGUCAUAAGUCCACACAAGUCUCCUCUGAUGCAUCCUCGAUAAAAUGGGCGGAUCAAGAACACAUCCGGGGAUUUUAUGUGAACUUGGGCUUGAUGCGAACUUUGAAUUGGAACAGUACUUGGGCCGCGACUGAUGACGUUUCACAAGUCCACAAGAACGCAAGUACAGACAAGAACGCAUAUUGAGAAACGGCUCCUGUCUUUGUCGUUAAGCCUCACCAUUGGUUGAAUUUGAUAUACACAUUCAGACGCACUUACCUCUGGAGGUGUCACCAAAGUGCUCGAAAGGGAACUGUAACAAUGUAUCUUAAAAGGUAACACAAUGUUACCUUGCUCUCACUUGAAAUGUGUCUCUUUAUUUAGUCCUUGAAUUUGAGGGUAUUAGACCUGGAAAGUCCUUGAAAGGUCCUUGAAUUUGAAGUUAACUAAGGUGUGGGAACUAGUUAACUAGUGGUGCUUAGAAAUGGUUGCAAGCAUUGCUCAAAAUAUUUUCCCUUGUGUUCAGCCAAACACAGAAAUGUAUACAGAUUUGUAACAACUUGAGGGUGAGAAAAUAAUAACAGAAUUUUCACUUCUGGGUGAUCUAUCCCUUAUAUAUAAUAAUAUAAUAACGUGUUAGGAUUAUCUUAUGAAAUAUUUACCGUAAGAACUCGAUUAGUAGAGAGAGGGGUUGCUUAAGGACACUGAACAUGUUUGUGGCCUUGUUUAAGAUUGAGAACAAAGAUAACUUGUCGAAGAUUCAUUUUUUUAUUUUUGCAAGAAAAGGUCUGCACUUUCAGUACUGAUAUGAGUGUGGCAAAGCUCUGUCCUUUCACAGAGCCACUCUGUGGCUUGGCUGACUCAGGUUUAGGCCGUGUCUUCUCUAAACCACUCCUCCCACACGGCACUUUUUUUUUAGUUUCCCUCCAUUUUACAUGUCAGCGUCAAUUACUUUAUGUAACAGAGGGAAGAGUUAAAGAACGAGCUUGAGUUUGUAAUUUUUUGUUUAAAGAACGAAUGUAAAAACACUCAUGGAUGCUUAUCUGUGAGACCUUAUCAGGUGUUCUCAAAAUUGAACUUUUUUUGUGUAAUUGGAAGAUAUUGUUGAAAAAUGUGUGAUUUGAUCUGUAAGUGUCUCAGGGUUCAAUCAAUUAAAUAGAGAUCACAUAUGAAAUAGUUUAAACAAUGUUUGCUGUGACCUUUGAUGGGUAACUUUUAAGUGAUGGUGUCCUACAAUUUGUACAUUUAUCAUUUUAGAUAAUUUUUUUUUAAAUAACACAAUUUUGCCACUCAUCUAAGCAAGGUGUAAUACUUCUGUAUUUAAAAAAAUACAAAUUGACUGUUUAAUAUAGUAUAACUAAAUUCAAUGUUCAUCUUUUGUCCCACUCAAUUCAAUGGUAUAAAGCACUGCAGCAUGUUACCGUAGCACUAAAAUUAUUUUAUUAUGACAUCAAGUUCUAUUAUUUGAUAUGCUUGUGACUUAAAGUUCAGUGUGUGGCUUUUUAUGGUUUGUAUGUCUCUGUUAUUUGACUUUGUAUUAUAUAGUUGACUUUGAAUAGUGAUCCUCAUCGAUCAUUUCAAUACAGUUUUUAUGAUCUGUG